AUUAUCUUCCUUGCGAUCUUUGCUACGAGUCUUCACAACGCCAGAGGAGCAACCAUGGAACCGUGUCUCGAAUCAAUGAAGACUGCUUCGCUUCCUGAUCUUCCGUACGCUUAUGAUGCGCUAGAGCCAGCGAUCAGUGAGGAGAUCAUGCGGCUACACCACCAGAAACACCACCAGACUUAUGUCACUCAGUACAACAAAGCCCUAAACAGCCUUCGCUCUGCCAUGGCCGACGGUGAUCACUCCUCCGUCGUCAAACUCCAAAGCCUCAUCAAGUUCAACGGCGGAGGUCACGUUAACCAUGCAAUCUUCUGGAAAAACCUAGCCCCUGUUCAUGAAGGAGGUGGCAAGCCACCGCACGAUCCUUUGUCUUCGGCGAUUGAUGCUCAUUUCGGAUCCUUAGAGGGAUUGAUCCAAAAGAUGAACGCCGAAGGCGCUGCUGUGCAGGGAUCUGGAUGGGUGUGGUUUGGAUUAGACAGAGAGCUAAAGAGACUUGUCGUUGAGACCACAGCCAAUCAGGACCCAUUGGUGACUAAGGGAUCACACUUAGUUCCUCUAAUCGGGAUUGACGUGUGGGAGCAUGCCUACUAUCCACAGUACAAGAAUGCUAGAGCGGAGUACUUGAAGAACAUAUGGACUGUGAUCAACUGGAAAUAUGCCUCGGACGUAUUCGAGAAGAACACUCGUGAUCUUGAUAUUAACUGAGUUUUGGUACAUGUAAAAAUAUGCAUAUAAUAGAACGAAGCUUUGAAGGUUUGAAGUAGUAAUCAAUACGGAAGUAGCGAAGAUGCAAUAAUAAGUGAUGCUAUGUACUUUGGAAAAUAAUGUUUGGUAAUGUUU